GAUCGAGGAUCAUAUAACUAUAAAGCCCUUUUAAUCGCCGAGGAAUUUAAAACCUGAAGCAGAUAAGCAUUUCUCGUGUCCUCUGUUUAAUUUUUUCACCAAGACAGCAGCAGCAGCAGCUGAAACUCCUCCAUUUCUUCCUUUGAUUUUCCGACAUGGAAGCAGCUUCCUUACGCCCUAACAAUCUCUUUCUCAGUCCCUUCCGACUGAAAUCCCUCAAGAAACGGAGUGGACUGGCUGAAUGUAAUCUCCGGCCGAAUCAUGUUUUUUAUACGAGAACCUACUUUUCUUUGGUGGCCCAUCCGUCAUGUUCCUUCAAAAGGAAUUCCGUGUUCUUCAGUCACCACUCUUCACUAAACUGGAGCUGGAGAUUUUCUGUUUUUUGUUCAGAUAAACUUCAGAGCAACUACGCCAAUAACGAGGCCAUUUCUUUACAGUCUUCUAUGCUAGAACUUACUCCUAUGGUACCAGAGGCUGGAACAGAUUUGCUUGAUUCACAUGAUGUUGGUGACAGUACAAGCUCGCAAACCAGGCCCAAAAAGUUCAAGAAUAGAUUCUUAACUUUUGUUCGUUUGGGAUCUGUGGUCAAUGGUGCUGCUGAAUCUUUCUUCAAGAGUGAAAUACGUCGAAGGUUAUUUGUAACUGCAGUAUUGAUUUUAGUUAGCCGAGUAGGCUAUUUCAUACCAUUACCUGGCUUUGAUAGGCGGUUGAUACCUGAAGACUACCUUAGCUUUAUUUCUGGAUCUGUUGCAGAUGAACUUGGCGAUUUUUCGGCAGAGCUUAAGCUGUCACUUUUCCAGCUGGGAAUCAGUCCUCAGAUUGCAGCAUCAAUUCUUAUGCAGGUACUUUGUCAUGUUGUUCCUUCCUUAGUGAAGCUGCGGAAAGAAGGCUUAGAUGGCCAUGAGAAGAUUAAGGGCUAUAUAUGGUGGAUCUCACUUGGAUUUGCAAUCCUAGAGGCUGUGAUCCUUGCUUGUUAUUCUCUUCCUUAUUCAAUCUAUGCAUCCAGCCAAAGAUUCAAGCAUGUGAUGGUGACAAGCUCGUUAUUGGUUUUUGGUGCGAUGACCAUGACAUGGAUAUGCGAUAAAAUAUCAGAAUCUGGAUUCGGUCAAGGGUCAUCACUAAUUAUAUGCACAGGGAUAUUGACCGGCUAUACAGAUACUUUGUACAAGAUGUUGUCUCAGCUAUCAGGAAAUGCCACGAGUUGUUGGCCAUAUAUUCUAGCAGUAUUAGGCAUUUUCACUGUAGUCACUAUGUGGGCAGUGGUAGUUACUGAAGGCUGCAGGAAGAUCAAGUUGCAGUAUUAUGGUUUUAAACUCGCUUCUGCUGCAAGAGAUGAUUCCCCAAUUACUGAGGUGGAGCCCUAUAUCCCUUUCAACAUUAAUCCUCAAGGGAUGCAGCCUGUCCUCACCACCACCUAUCUCUUGGCUUUUCCUGGCAUUCUGGCAAGCAUUCUUGGUUCUCCGUUCUGGGAACACGUGAAGGAGAUACUUAACCCAGACACUUCCGUUGGUGCAGCACCUUGGGUUUUCUAUUCAAUCUAUGCAUUUUUCGUCUUUGUAUUCAAUAUAUUUGACAUUGCCAACCUACCUAAAGAAAUAGCUGAUUACAUGACCAAAAUGGGCGCCCGAAUUCCAAAUAUAAAGCCUGGAAGGGCGACAGUAGAGUAUCUAACAAAGAUUCAGGCUUCAACACGUUUUUGGGGUGGACUAUUGUUAAGUAUCUUGGCCACUUCAUCGACAUUGCUUGAUCAUUAUUUACGCCGUAUCAAUGAGGGAUUCGCAAUAGGAUUUACAUCAGUCCUAAUCAUUGUGGGCUCAAUAAUUGAAUUGAGAAGAUCCUACCAAGCAUACAAUGUAAUGCCAACCUUGAGCAAGGUUCUAAGGCGGUACGGUGUUUAAGAUCGAUUGGUCCAUAAUACAUCGAUCACAGGUUGGAGGAUGUUACUGAUUUUGCAGCAGUUCCAACCAUUCACAUGCUAGUACUCGCCGAUAAUUGAAUUUUCAUGGAUGGUUAUGUUGAUGAGGUAUAUUCACCAAGGACACCGAUCAUAUGAAGAUCCUUGUCUCAAUUGAAGAGUCGAGACCACUGCGAGCUAUAGCUACCUUUGCAAUUAUACACACCCUGCAGUAGGAUUUAUAUCUUAUGGAAACUUACAAAGACACAUCCGAAGGUGCUGAAUAUUGUCAAUGUAACACCCGUUCUUUUAUAAUGUCAUUUUUCAUAUCCGCUUGGUCCUGAGAACAAAUAUUUUAAUUUGAACUGCAUUUGUGGCUUUGGUUUUACAUUAAUCGAAAGGUUAAAGUUAGGUGUCUUUUUAAGGAAUUACGGUCACAGUUCAAAGACUCUUUAUCAGUGGCCAACUCGGCAAAUUAUUAAAACUGAUUUGAUGGCCAA